AUGGAAUGCCACAGCGAGGAGAAGGCUGACGGCCUGGAGAUCGUCUCCAUCGGAGCUCUGCACGCUGGCCCCUGGGACAAGAAGUACUGGAGCUGCUCCAGGGUUCGCAUUUCUCUCUCACUACCUCCCGCAACGCCACAGUUAGGGCUGCUUCUUGUGGUUGUUUCGGAAUGCCUGGGUGUUCUCGUCGAUUAAACGGGGCUUUCUAUUUUUCUCACUUUCUGAUAACUCCGGCUGAUUGCUUCUUCCUUCUCUUCUCCACCGCUGUUGAUUUUUUGUUACGUUUGAGGUGAAAAAUGUCCAAUGUUACCUCUUAGUCUGAGAUCUAUGUGUAGCCGUCUUACUUAGCAGGAGCUUUUAGCCAUUUUCUAAUGUGAAGAGAGGUAAUUGCGAGUAUGUCGUCGCGAUUUACGUUUUGAUUUUAUCGCCAUCUCUUCAUUGUGUAGGGGAAAGGUCGGUACCCUUACCCAGUCGGUUAUCAGGCUCUUCGGACCUAUGCUGGGAUUACAUAUAGGAUGGAAAUACAGGAAGGCGUCAAAGGGCCUCUAUUCGUGGUUUGUACUCUUAUGUGACUUCAUUUAAUGAAUUUGUAUUCCCUUCAUUUCUAUGGUUCCUCUUUUACUGAAUUUUUGCUAUGGUUGUGAACAUGUUUUGGUGGAUGAUCACGAUGCUUGUUCAACGUUUUACAGUGUUUUACAAAUUAUGCUUUCGCACGCAGGUCACGUCUCCAAGUGGAGAUACGUGUUCCGGGCAGACGCCUGAUAUAUCUUGGGAAUAUUUCUGGAAAAAGAGUGGGCCUAGGGUCAAGAAUUGGAGCGGGAAAAGAUUUUCUGGCAGAAUAGAUGGUAUUGAGGCAAGUUUAUAUAUUUCUCCGAGGCAUCUUGAACCACAGUUUACCAUGAUUAAAAAUUCAUUAAGAAGUAAACGUAAGAUGUGGAUAAUGCUUUAUAUCCACUUCAGUCCUUACACAAGUACAUCACAAAUUAGUAUACUCAAAAUAGUGACUGUUCUCCUGUCAUGCAUAGGUCUCAAUGCUGGAACCUUAUUACGUUGA